AUGCUUUAUAGAUCACGUGGAAACAGAGCUCUCAUUGCCCUGCUGUGCAUCGCUGCCUUUGCCCUGAUGUAUAUAUCUUCUUCUUCAUGGAGUUCAUCUGUGUAUUUCCUCGGCCGUCAGAGCUCAAGUCUUUGUGCCUGUGACAAGUGUUUAAGAGAGGCUGAUCUAUGCGUUGGGGAGCGUAUCAAUGAAUCUCCGAAGCCUUUUUUGUCAAGAAAAUAUGGAAUUUCAGAGGAAGAUUACAAUUGGUGGAAGAACAUAUAUCGGGAAGGUCAUGACUUCAGUGUCUACAAUACAACAGUGGACAAACUGUUCCAGAUGUUCCCACACAUUGCAGAUGUUGGAGAAUCCAACAAUAAACGCUGCACGACUUGUGCUGUGGUGGGGAAUUCUGGUAACUUGAAGCGAUCACACUAUGGACCUCUCAUAGACUUUCAUGAUAUCGUAAUAAGAAUAAACUAUGGCCGUACCAAAGGCUAUGAAGCAGAUGUUGGGACCAAAACGACUCAUCGAGUAAUGUAUCCGGAGAGUGGAUCUUAUUUGGACAACACCACUAGUCUUGUGCUGUUUCCAUACAAAAUAAAAGAUUUCCUGUGGCUCAUUGACGCCUUCAAACAAGGGGAGGACAGUGCUGUGAACUCAAAGAGGAGAGCAAACAAGGAUUUGGUGCUUAUCCUCAAUCCAGCUCUCAUGAAAUAUGUCCAUGAAAUUUGGCUGGGAAGAAAGGGCAAUUAUCCAUCUACUGGCUUUUUGACUUUGGCUCUCAGCAUGCAAAUAUGUGAUGAGGUCAGUGUUUUUGGGUUCGGAGCAGACAGAGAUGGAAACUGGAACCAUUACUUCGAAGUUCUCAGAAACAAAAAGCUGAAAACUGGAGCUCAUGCUGGAAUGCAUGAAUAUGAAGUUAUUCAGAAACUACACAAGAAGAAGACAAUCAGUUUUUAUAAAGGCUUUUAAAGGUGUUGGUUUCUCUUUUACUGUUUCUCUCUACGUCAAUUUAAUUUACACAACCGAGAACUUUAGCUUGAAGAGAGAACUCUAGUCUCAGUCCUAGAGCUGAGGCAGUAUAAAGUAAUUGUAAUUAUUAAAUCACUGUAAAGUUUUGUGGGCAUAAAGUAUUAUUAGGAAGCUAAAUAUAGAGACUUGUUGAUAGGCAUGCUGAUACAUACACACUUCUCUCCUUUUAAUAUGGAAAUGUAUUGGUGGACCUUUCUGCGUUUAAAAAUAAUAAUAAGAA